GCGCCGGAGCCCGCUCGCUCGCUCGCAAGAUGGCGUCGCUGCUGCAAUCGGAGCGGGUGCUGUACCUGGUUCGCGGCGAGAAGGAGCUCCGGGCCCCGCUACCGCAGCUCUACUUCUGCCGCUAUUGUAGCGAGCUCCGCUCGCUCGAGUGCGUCUCGCACGAGGUGGACUCGCACUACUGCCCCAGCUGCCUGGAAAACAUGCCUUCAGCUGAAGCCAAAUUGAAAAAGAACAGGUGUGCCAACUGCUUUGACUGUCCCUGCUGCAUGCACACCCUUUCCACGCGGGCCACGAGCAUCCCUGCACCGCUGCCCGACGACCCAGCCAAGACCACCAUGAAGAAAGCCUAUUACCUGGCCUGCGGCUUCUGCCGCUGGACUUCCCGGGAUGUUGGCAUGGCAGACAAGUCUGUCGCAAGUGGUGGCUGGCAGGAGCCGGAGAAUCCUCACACACAGAGGAUUAACAAGCUGGUGGAGUACUACCAGCAGCUGGCUCAGAAGGAGAAGAUUGAGCGGGACAGGAAGAAGCUGGUUCGACGCCGCAACUACGUUCCACUGGCCUUCUCGGACAAAUAUGGCCUUGGAACGAGGCUUCAGCGCCAGAGGCCUGGAGCUCCCAUCAGUGCCCUCGCUGGACUCUCCCUGAAAGAAGGAGAAGACCAGAAGGAGAUCAAAAUCGAGCCAGCUGAUGCAGUGGAAGAAGUGGAGCCUCUUCCUGAGGAUUACUACACAAGACCAAUCAACCUGACAGAAGUGACGACUCUGCGCCAGCGCCUGCUGCAGCCUGACUUCCAGCCCAUCUGUGCUUCCCAGCUCUACCCACGUCACAAGCACCUCCUGAUCAAACGCUCGCUGCGCUGCCGGAAAUGUGAACAUAACCUGAGCAAACCAGAAUUCAAUCCAACGUCUAUCAAGUUCAAGAUCCAGCUGGUUGCUGUUAACUACAUCCCUGAAGUGAGAAUCAUGUCUAUUCCAAACCUGCGCUACAUGAAGGAGAGCCAGGUUCUUUUGACUCUGACUAAUCCUGUGGAGAACGUCACACAUGUCACAUUGCUGGAGUGUGAGGAGGGAGACCCUGAUAACAUCAACAGCACUGCCAAGGUGGCAGUUCCUCCCAAGGAGCUUAUUCUGGCUGGCAAAGAUGCUGCAGCAGAAUAUGAUGAGCUGGCAGAGCCUCAAGACUUCCAGGAUGACCCAGACAUUAUUGCCUUUAGAAAAGCCAAUAAGGUGGGAGUUUUCAUCAAGGUCACCCCACAGAAAGAAGAGGGCGAAGUGACCGUGAGUUUCAAGAUGAAGCACGAGUUCAAAAACCUCACUGCUCCCAUCCGGCCCAACGAGGAGGGUGACCACACCUCUGAGGUGAUCUGGCUCACCCAUCACGUGGAGCUCAGCCUGGGCCCUGUGCUCCCAUAGCGGCUCCCAGCACUUGCUCCCGACGGCUGGAUGGACUGGCACCCUGAGAUGGCACCUGGUGAAAGGUUCUGCCAGAGCUCCUUUGUGAUGUGUGGGUGUGCCACGGCCUGGCCGGCUGCCAGGAGGGGGCUGAGGCUGCCGUGGUUUGGGCUGGUUUGUUUUCUCUCCCCUUGUUGUAGUGCCCACUAACCACCACUCCACUUCCCCUCACUGCCACAGGCUAGAGUAACUUGCAGCAUGUUAGAGCACAGAAAAAGAUCUCCUUCCAGGUUUGCACUGAAUUUGUCUUUAGCAACAGAUAAUUAGGGCUGAAUUUGGAUUUAUCAGCAGGAAAGAACCCAUACUGUUUUUUUUCUCCAUGUUGGCCCACAAACCUGAUGUUCCAUACAACUUCUCUUUCAGCCCGAGCAAUGCCCUUCCCAGACAAACGUUUUAAGGAGUGUCCCUGCCUUCUACAUCCUGGCAAGUUACUGCCAGUAGCACGAUCUUUUAUUUUGGUUUUCUGCUUCCUCAUAGGAUACCUCAACUGUGGGGGCUGGGCUUUAGAGCCCUACCCCUCUGGCAUAUGUAGCUUGCUUAGCUGAGGUGGCAGAUGUUUUCACAAAGGAGUUGAUUAGUUUGCCUUUAAACUUUAAACAUAGUGUACUGUAGCGUUCAUGGCUCUGAUGGGUAACCACGCCUGCAGUCAGCCCGCUGCAUCUCAGCUGGAUGUGGCAGCAGGAUGUGCUGCAAGCUGAGAAUUCGUGUUCUGCUGCAGCUCUUGACUGAGGCAGGAAUGCUCUGGAGAGGAAGGGAUGCUCCAGAGAGGUUUCCUGGCAGACUUCAGCUCAAUAAAUGUUGUGUUGCUAGGGGUUAUAGCAAUGAGGGUAUGAAACCUGGAGUGUUAAGAUUGGUUCUUACAAAUUACAAAAAUUACAAAAUUACAAAUUGUAGUUACAAAA